AUGAGUUCAAAGAGUGCUAGAACAGGGUCUCCCGUACCACCAGAUGGGAAACCGACUGCAAAGAGAUCACCUUCAAUUCUUGUUACAGACUCAAGAAGUCAUCAAAUAAAAGGAGCAAGAGCACCAUUUGCUGGUCGAAAUUUUAAAAAGCAGCAAGAGCUACAAAGACAACAACAACAGCAGCAACAGCAGCAGCAACUGUCAGGCUAUAGCUUUGAACAACUGCAACACCAAAAUGCUCUACAGAAGCGAUUGGCAUUCAGAAAUAAAUUCACAGACAUAUCAGUUGAUAAACUACUCAGGAAUUCCAGUGACAUCCCAUCUGGAUUAAGCAGAGCACCCCCUAGACUUGCUUCUCGGUCAGGAUAUGGGAGCAAUCUGCGUAGCUCUGCAUCUCCUCCUCCUCCACCUCCACCACAAUCACAAUCACUGCAUUUCUCAAAACAAACAAGAACAUUGCCCCCAAUAGCAAGCUCCUCUGGCUAUGCGGGUCCAGAAAGUAGACGCAAUAUUCGUAGCAUACCAAAGCUUACGCAAUCGCUUCCUGCAAGAACGUCAAAAACAUCACAAAAAUUGGUGCUCAUCCCAGAUCGCCAGCAAAAUGGAUCUUCCACACCACCUCAAUUACAUUCACCUUCGUCGUCGUCGUCGUCGCCAUCAUCUACAGGUGGUGCUGGUGCACAUUUACCAGAGAUGGGUCCAGGCCAUUCAGCAUCGGAACCUGUAGAUUUGCUGGCUCAAAUCAUGCGGUCUCGAGCCGAACUUAUGCCAAAGGAGAUGCGCGCACAAGAGUUUAGCAGAAUGACUGCUUAUUUCAUUUGCGAAGAGAUUGAUUUGCCCUCGGUUGCCAAAUUUUUGAGAAAAAACCACGAAGUCAAGCCUCGAUUGUAUGAUGAGGCCCUUUAUGUACCAUAUGCGUUGCCUUUACUACCAGGUAACGAUGGUCUUCGGGUAAAGUCCAACAAUACUUCAAAAUUACAGGCAAAGAAUAAGCAUAUGGAGAAGAUGAUUAUCAAAUCAGAGCAAACUGAUCAUUUGUAUGAAUAUUAUUCUGGUGUUGAAACACCCGAGGAUGCUAAUAACUACUCUAUGGAUCCCGAAGUUGAAAAUUUUGAAAGUAAUGCACCUUUUGAUCCAUCUGAACCGCAAUUUUUUGCUCCGCCAGUUGACGAUGAUGACGAUGAAGAUCGCAGUAAUGGUCGUGAUGAUUAUGGUGGAAACACUAAGAACAAUAAUAAUGACAGUAAUGAUGUUGAUAAGAAUACAAAUAGUAGCUAUAUUAGCAGCAGCAGCAGCAAGAAAAAUAACAACAACAACAACAAAUACAAAGACAACGAUGUCGACAACGAUACUCAUGGAAACAAAUAUCAACAAAACCAACGUCCGAAUAGUCCUGAUAAGCUGAGACACAAAAGUGCAAGAAGAGCCUUUGAGGAAGCAAACAGUUCCUCAGCUUCAUUGAACUCACAAUCGGAUGUGUCGAAGCACCAUGCAGAGAUGUUUGUGUUUGGCUAUGGAAUAAUUGUAUUUUGGAACUUUUCAGAGAUUCAUGAAAAGAAUAUACUUGCUGAUUUGGCAUUUUCCGAUGAGAAUUUGCUCAUUAAUCCAAUUGAUGAGGAAGAUAUUGAAACCGAAGAGUUCCAUUUUGAGUACGACAGUCAAAUACAUAGGCCAAGGAUAUACAAUGAUAUGAUCACAUUGCGAUCAGGAGACCAUUUGAUCAAGCUAACCAUGUCGUAUGCUAUUGCACAGCUGACGAAGCUUGGUUUGUUUGAGAGUAGAAUGGUGAGUAUCUUGCACCUGAUCAGUAAAUUGCCCAAGAAAUUGGCUUUAACUGGUAGAAUCGGUCUCAAGAGGAACCAGUUAUUGAAGAAGUCGGGGAAGUUAUUUAAAUUGAGAGUGGAUGUUAAUUUAUCGAGCUCCAUCUUGGACACGCCCGAGUUUUUCUGGUCUUUUGAACCUGCUUUGCAUCCAUUGUACUCUGCUGUUCGGGAUUAUUUAGAAAUCGACCAAAGAGUACAAGUCUUGAAUGAUAGAUGCAAGGUUUUCCUAGAGUUUGUCGAUAUAGUGACCGACAGUAUGAAUGAGAAGAACACGAAUAGAAUCACUUGGAUGAUUAUUGUGAUUAUAUUCCUUAGUUUAUUUGUGAGUUUGUUUGAGUUUGUGCUUGAGAUUUUGUAA